GCAGCAAGCUCCCAAACCCUCAAAUGCAGCUGAGAUGUGUUACCUGCCCUUCAAGCUGAGAAUCCCUGGUUAAAGGGUGGUCCUCACAGCCACCACCAGGCCCUGCCAGCUUCUCCAGCUGUUCCCAGGCACCCCCGGCAGCAUUGGCAGCCUCCAAAGGCUCUAGGAUGCCGGGGCCAGCCGGGCUGGGGCUGCCCACCUGAUCCUCGCCGCCCCUGUCCCGCCAGCACACCAUGUUGCGCUCCUGGCGCGUGAAGCUGAAGCUGCUGCUUGCCACGGUGACCCUGGCCAUCCUCCUCUCCUGGCUCUACCUCUUUGUGGGCAGCCUCGAAUAUGGCCGCUUCCUCCUGCUGCCACCCUGCCUGGGCGAGCAGCCGAGCCGGGACGUGGAGCGGGAGGCGCUGGCCUCACGGGUGCGCAGGGGGGAGGAGGAGAACCAGCAGCUCCGCCUGCAGCUCAGCCAGGCACAGGCGGAGGGCGGCGAUGGCAGCCCGCAGUGGGGGGCCUCCGCCGAGGAUGGGGACCCCCCUAGGAGCGAGAGGAGCAACCGCACGGCCUGCCCCAAGCAGCGGAUGGGGCACAAGUGCGAGCUCCUGCAUGUUGCGAUUGUGUGCGCCGGGCACAACGCGAGCCGGGAUGUGGUCACCCUGGUGAAAUCCAUCCUCUUCCACAGGAAAAACCCCCUCCACUUCCACUUCAUCACGGACUCGGCGGGCCACCCG